AUGGCGGCCGGUGAUCUGCGGGGACGCUUUGAUGUGGCCUAUUCUCUGGAGUUUGGCUUAGGCACCGACAGGGACACAGUGCGAGCCCACGAGCUCUACCAGGAGAUCCUCACCGCCCAGGGACACCUCGGUGAAGACUUCGCGGCCCGCGCCGCCAGUUUCCUUGCCCUCGUGGCGGCCUCAGGCCGGGCCUGGGCCAGCCGAAUCUUUCAAGUGGCUGGAGGCGCAGCGACUCGCGACUAG